AGUCCCUUUAUUCUUCCAAAUGGGCAGAUCUCUCCAUCAAUAAAGAGAUAGCGGAAGUUUAGCGGUGGAUAACGAGCCUCACACACCGGAAGUGGAGGUCGCCCUAUUCAUUGGCAGUAGAGAGGGAGAGGGAGAGAGAGAAAGAGGUGAGCGGGAAGGAGAGCGAGAAGGGGGUGUGGAGAGAAGGAAGAGCGAGGCUGAUGGCUGCCAAGUCGGACGGGCUGUUAAAGAUGAUGAAGAAGAGCGACGUGGCUUUUACUCCCCUGCAGAAUUCCGAGCAUACCAACUCCGGGCAGCGGCAAGAGCACGGGCAGGAACAGCGGGAGGAGGAGGAGCAGGAGCGGGGCAGCCCCGAGCCCGACUCGGCAGCGCUGCCCUCCCGGUGCUGCACCGGGCUGUGCCGGGGUCGCUGCCUCCGCUUCGCCCAGCACCAAAGGUACACGCUGUGGGACGGCCUGUGGAUCGUGGCCGCUGUCACGGUGUAUUUCUCGGACGUUGGCACGGACGUGUGGCUGGCCGUGGACUAUUACCUGCAUUCCCGUUACUGGUGGUUCGCAUUGACUCUCUUCUUCGUGGUGCUGGGCUCGCUGGUCGUCCAGGUCUUCAGUUUCAGGUGGUUCAUCCACGACUUCAGCGCCGACAGCGGGGCCGGCGUCCACACCGGCAGCCCGGUGGACGGCAAGGUGCUGAGCUGCGCCGGUGGGGUGGGCGAGACCGAUGCUCGAUCCCCACAGAGGCAGUCUCCGAGCACCAGGACUACUAACACUAGCAAAGGCAGCAAAGCAUCCUCGUGUUCCUUCUGCAUCUGGUUUCUACAGUCAGUCAUCCACAUCCUUCAGCUGGGACAGCUCUGGAGAUAUUUGCGUACUAUAUAUCUUGGUAUCAGAAGUCGUCGAAGUGGAGAACUUGACCGCUGGCGCUUUUACUGGAAAAUGGUUUACGAAUAUGCAGAUGUAAGUAUGUUACAUCUGCUGGCAACGUUUUUGGAAAGUGCUCCACAGCUCGUGUUGCAGUUGUGCAUUGUGAUUCAGAGCCAUCGCUUACAAGCACUUCAAGAUGCUAAAAUGAAGGAGAAGCUGAAUGGGGGCGUUUAUCUUGAGCAAAGACAAAAGAGGAUGUUCAGCCUAAGCUGGCGUGGAUGUUGGUUACGGACAUAUGUUGUUGCAAUAAGGUUUUGUUGUACUGUAUUAUUGAUUAUAGAAAUUGGUGGUAAAUUAUACUGUAAAUGGACAUUAAGGCUAAGAGUGAAUUCCUCAUAGAAUAUAAAAUAAAUGUGUAGGUGACUUCCAGUUCAAAUAAACCUGUAGAAUCCACUUAGGUUGACCGAGAAGUUCGAUCAAAAAAGUUCAGGACUUGGAUAUAAUAGGGUGUUAUCCAAAAGGGUACAAUGGGAAAGAUAUUUAAGAAGCCCUGGGUCAAGCCUUUUCAGUAGUAUAUGAGCUGAGAUUUAGAAAUGUCGGGAUUAACAGCUAAAGCAGGCUGCCUGGGUUAUGUGAUAUGUAAACCCCUGGAUCUGGAGUCUACCGAGGACCAAACACCAUAGGAGGCAUUCAGAUAGGUGGCCAAAGCCUAAAGUGCACUAGCUCCAUUUUGUUGCUAUUAAAUCUAACAUUUGUUGUUUUUUAAUCCAUCUGUGGCUUUGCCCCUUACCAUCUCCAAACCCUCAUUCAGCUGUUGGAGUACAGGACCUCGCUAUCAUUAGUGUUGACCUUUUGUUAAUCUCUGAUUUGAAGCAAACCACAGAUAGCUUGUGAGGAUUAUUUAAGGGAGGAAAGGAGUUAAGGAGUUAUUUUACGGGCAAAGGGAGAUAGAGUAGCUUUCAGAAGAAAUUCUAAAUUUCAGGAUGCAAGCAGUGGAAGGGAUGUAAGCACAAUUGCAGGGGUUGUAUACCCCAAUGGGUAAAAAAAAAGGGCUUGGAGGUAGAGAAGGACAAACUGUAGAAGAAUUUAAAAACAAGGAUGAAACAUUUUAAUAGCAAAAUAAUGGCAAAUCAAGAUCAAGUCCACUUUAACUAGCACAUGGAUAAUAGGUGAGAAAUUUGUAUCAAGUUUAGAUACAGGCAGUGAAGUUUAGGUGAGUUGUCAUUUGUGGAAAGUUGAAGGGGAGAGCCAAGAUGCAACUGAAAUGUGCCUAGGAAAAGACGUGUUUGUAGAAGAUAUACGGCCUUAAUAAUGGAGCUGCUUGAUUGAGAAGAACUUUGAGUCAGUUGGACGAUCAUUCAGAGAUGGGAGAUUACAUGUAGAUUCAGUACAAAAACCUCUGCGUUAAAAUUCCUACAAUGGUUCUCAAUCGCUGUGAUAAGGAUGAAGUUGGAGAUGACCUCAUGAGCAACAAGUUAAUAGCCAAGUGAGAGAUACUAUAUAUGAGAAUAAGAGGAGUGGGUAACUUGACAUGUUGCCAGAAUGGGAAAGUAAAGAAUGAUAUGAUUGUUGCCAGGCCAAGGGACAGUAGGGUGACUGGGAAAAUAUCCAGAAAACAUUGAAAUUGGAAAUUCAUUAAGGAACCAUUGAUAUGGGAAACAAAGAUGGAUUUAGUAUUUUACAGUGGACCUCUAAAGAGCAAUUUCGCCUCCUUGAGGAGGGAAUAAAUAGGACGGUCAUGCAGUUAGACGGUGAGACCUAGGAGCAGAAUUAGACCAUUGAGUCUAUUCCACCAUGAAUUUAUCUUAGUUAUUUAGUGAUACGGCACAGUAACAGGACUUUCCAGAGACCCAAUUACACCCAUAUGUCUAAUUAACCUACUCACGCAUACGUCUUCUGGGAUGCGGGAGAAACCGGAGCACUCAGAGGAAACCCACACUGUCACAAGAAAAAUGUAAAACUCUUUACAAACAGCGUUGGCAAUUGAACCCAGGUCACUAGUGCUGUAAUUGCAUUAUGCUAACCGCUACACUACCAUGUCACACCAGUUGUGGCUGAUUUAUUUUUCCUCUUCUCAACCCCGUUCUCCUGCCUUCUCCACGUCACCUUUGACACUGUCACCAAUCAACAACUAUCUAUCUCAGCUUUAAAUAUACCUGAUUAUUUAUCCUCCACAGCAGCCUGUGGAAAUGGAUUUGCAGAGAUUCACCACCCUCUGGCUAAAGAAAUUCCUCCUCAUUUCUGUUCUGAAGGGUUUUCUGAGGCUGUGCUCACUGAGACUCUCUCACUGCUGGAAAUAUCCUCUCCGUGCCCACUCUAUCUAGGCCUUUCAACAGAUAAAGUGUUAAAAGAAUUGCACAAACUGCAGUUUGUGGUUAUGAUCUUGGACAACUGCCUGAAAGGAAAUGGAAGCAGAAAGUUGUUGCAUUCAAAAGUGAAUUGAGUACUUGAGAGAGCCAAUUUACAGGGCUAGAGAGUGGGAGCUGGGGGGUAGAAUUAACUGCAUUGUUAAUGCAGACCACAGAUGAAGGUUGGAGGGACCAAUUAGUCGUUCUGCAUCCGGUAACAUUUCUGUGAUUCUUAUGUAAAUGAUAUUGGUCCAACAAAUUAAAAUAGUCAGCCUAUUAGUGUCAAAAGGUUACUAAUAAUGUACACUCAAGGAUCACUUUUUUAGUGCUUAGGUGCCACCUGUACCUACUAAAGACACCACUGAGUCUAUGUUUGUAGCCCAUCCACUUCAAGGUUCGACAUGUUGAGCAUUUAUAGAUACUAUUCUGCACACCUGUUGUAAUGCAUGGUUAUCUGAGUUACAGUCACCUUCCUGUCAGCUUGAACUAGACUGGCCAUUCUCCUCUGACCUCUCUCAUUAACAAGUCAUUUUCGCCCAUCUAAUCCCGCUCACUAGAUUUUAUUUUUGAUUUUCGCACCGUCCUCUGUAAACUUUAGAGACUGUUAUGCAUAAAGAUCACAGGAGAUCAGAAAUUUCAGAGAUACUCAAAACACCCCAUCGGGCACCAACAAUCAUUCUAACGUCAAAGUCACUUAGAUCACAUUUCUUCCCAUCUGUUUGGUCUGAACAACAACUGAAACUCUUGACCACGUUGCAUGCCUUUAUGCGUUGAGUUGCUGCCACACGAUUGGCUGAUUAGCUACUUGCAUUAACGAGCAUGUGUACAGGUGUACCUAAUAGAGUCGUCACUGAAUGUAUUUCUCAACCAGCUCCCAAAAAGAAAUAAAAGCAUGAAAUACGCAGCAAGUCAGGUGUUAUCUGCAAAGCGAGAUCCCGCAGUUGGAGAUCUGAGUAGGAAAAGUACCUACAAAUUAGACUUUGUACUCAGUUUUGGUUUUCUUAUAUUACAGUAACCAGUCUGAAAUCAGCAACAGUGUUGUGUGAAAGUGAAAUUUGAUACAUUGCUCUCCACAGUUUUAAUUAGCAAAAAAUACAGGCAUCAUUGCAAAAUUGUAGCAAAUUCCAAAAGUUGUGCAAAAAUGCUUAAAUGUUAAAUGACAGAUAUAAUUUCUGAACCAUAAUGACUCAUUUACAUUGGUGCAUGUUAAAACCAUUUUGAUCUGUGGCUAAAGUUUUGGUAUCUUGGGAAUUAUGGGGCAGAUCAAAUCUACCUAAGUCUCUCUUAAUCAAAUCUGUGGUCUCCACCAGCCUGCGUUUAACAUAGCCUGUCACAGAGAACCUUCUCACAUUGACCCUCCACUCCCAACAAACAUUAGUUAGGCUGAGAAUGGGAAAUAUGGGGGGUUUGUCCCUAGGAUGCCUCUGAAGAGCCACAGACAGAAGGCAAAACUAAAGCUGGGAUUUUGUCUUCUGUCAAAGCUAAUUUAUUUUUACAUUUAGAGUUAUGUGAGAACUGUUAUUAUUGAAGUAAAUAAUCACAAAAUGUUAAACCUAAAACGAAGUUACUUUAAAAAAACACCUAAGCACUUAGAAAUAAUUAAAAAUA